CUUGUCUUGAGUUAAAUGCCUCUGACUGAUCAGAUGCAUCACCAGCAUUAAGUGUGGAUCCAUUCAAGAGCUUUAGGGAAGCUCAUUAUCACAAUGGCCAAGUAUAAACUUGUCUUGUUAAGGCAUGGAGAAGGAGCUUGGAAUAAGGAGAAUCGCUUCUGCAGCUGGGUGGAUCAGAAACUUAGCAGCGAAGGGGUACAAGAAGCUCGGGACUGUGGCAAGCAACUCAAAGCCCUCCACUUCGAAUUUGAUCUUGUCUUUACCUCUGUCCUUAAUCGCUCCAUCCAUACCGCUUGGCUGAUACUGGAAGAGUUGGGACAGGAAUGGGUUCCAUUGGAGAGUUCCUGGCGACUAAAUGAAAGGCACUAUGGGGCUCUCAUUGGUCUCAAUAGGGAGAAAAUGGCCCUGAAUCAUGGCGAAGAACAAGUAAGAAUUUGGAGAAGAAGCUAUAACGUGACUCCACCUCCCAUUGAGGAAUCUCAUCCUUAUUAUCACGAAAUCUACAAUGACCGGAGGUAUAAAGUUUGUGAUGUGCCACUGGAUCAGCUGCCACGGGCAGAAAGCCUGAAGGAAGUGUUGGAUAGGCUGCUUCCCUAUUGGACUGAAAGGAUUGCACCUGAACUGAGAAGAGGCAAAACUGUUCUCAUUUCAGCUCAUGGCAAUAGCAGUAGAGCACUGCUAAAGCACCUGGAAGGCAUCUCAGAUGAUGACAUUAUCAACAUCACUCUCCCUACUGGUGUCCCCAUCCUCCUGGAGCUAGAUGAGAACCUCCAUGCUAUUGGCCCUCAUCAGUUUCUGGGGGACCAAGAAGCCAUUCAAGAAGCUAUCAAGAAAGUGGAUGAUCAAGGCAAAGUGAAGCAAGCCGUAAAAUAAAAUAACCACUGACUGGAUAGAAGUGACGGGAAGGUUCUGUAGUGUGGGGCAGAUACUAAAAUGCAUUCUUUUUGUGUAUGAAGUUGAAUUAACCCAAAAUCAAGCAUUGAGCAGGCAGACUGGGGUGCAGUGUACAGAGGGUGUCCUCAUCUCUCAGCCCACGUGUGUGUGUGUUCUCAUCUGGUUUUAGACCUCCUAGUGGGGAUUUAGUCUCUUCAUUAGAACCCAUUUGAUGAUCUGAAGACAAACUGGCACAUAGGUAGGGCUUUCUUUGAGCAUUAUCAAAAACCUCUGAUAAGGUAGUGGCGGGUGGGUGUGAUUGGUGAGGUUGAGACAUUCUGAUAAAGUAUCUCUGGGAAACUUUGUGCCUCUUUCUAUUCAGUUGUGGCAUAAUUCACUUUCCCUUGCACUAAAUUCUUUCUGAGAUUGCACUAUGGGGUAUUAGAAAAUGCACUGCCCCUAAGAAUUAUUUAUUAUCAGAUUCUUUUCCCCUUCUCCAUAAAGGAAUGGGUGCUCUGAUUUAUUUAAGACCAAUGGCUCAUUGACAAGGAAAAGUCUUUUUUUUUUCCCCUCAUAAAACUAUGCCCUCUAGUUUUAGUGUUCAGUCCAAAAGCUUCCUUUGUUUGGUAUUUGGUAAAAUUCCCUUUGGCCACUGAAGUCUUCAGAGCAUAAAUAACUAGAAUAUUUCAUGCUCUGAUUAUUUUUCCCUCCCUUCCUUGAAUUCUUGGGAUCUAAAAGAUUGGGAUAAAAAUUUUUGUUAUAAGGAAUAGCUUAGACUAAAAGAAAAGCACAUAGCAUGUGGGUUUCCCCUCCUUAGGCUAACACCCCAAGUAUAACAUUCAACUAAAAACAAUUGGUUUUGUGCCUUUUUGUGAUCUGUUCCAUUAGGUUUAAAACCCCUCCUGUAACACUGGAAAAGAAUUGGGCUUAUUUCAGUGUCUGGGUGCUACUGAUUUUCCUUUUUAGCAAAAUAAAAUUUAAAGACUGUGAAGGCCAAAUAGUGACUAUGUUUGCAGUCAAGGAAAAAGUAUAAGUUGUGUCUGUAAUGUAACACCAGCAUAAGCUAAGAGAACUGACUAUAGCACAUAGCCUACUGCAAGGGGCGGGGGGGGGGGGGGGGGAAGGGUUGUUCCCUUUACUUUUUCUGGCCCCCUCCCCCCUUCUUUUCUUUUCUGUGUUUGUAGGGCCUCAGAUAUGACUCUUAGCCAGUUUUUGAAAUCUUAUCUUCCUAAGGCAGUGAUUUAGUUGCUGGACACUUUAAAAGUUAUUUUUUAAUAGUGAGUUCACCACUGAACCCAUGAAGUUGACCUUUGAGAUCCAAGGGUAUCGCGGUCAUUGUAGUUUCCACAAUAGGUAAUUUACUCACCAAGGAGAGGAGUGAGCUGUUGAGGCUAAGCAUUUAUCUUAGGGCUAGGUUACAUCUGUAGACAUUUUGGAGGUCUACCAGUUAUAAUCACUUUUUUGUAAACCCUCGAAGAGGCAGUAUUCCAUUACAUGAAACUACACUGGAGUAAAAGCUAUGCAGAAAUUUGAUGAAGAUUUAAUAAGUCACAACAUCCUUGACAGAAGUCUAUGUAUUUUGUCAAAGAAAGCUUUAUUGUGAUGGUGUUUUUCUAGAGUGAUCUUCAGAGACACAAGGUUGAGCAUCCUGACAAACUAGGAAUGUGUGUUUUCUGUAUCUUUGGAGGCUUCGAUUUUAGUUGCAGAAAAGAGACUCUUUUCCUGGAAAGACUGGUGUUUCGUGUAAACACUGAGUUUGCCAAGAGCCCUUAGCAGGAUCAGCACCCAUUUCUUGGCUUCUAGGGAACACGUGAGGGAAUUUCCUAUAGGGGAAUAAGCUCACACUCUUCAAUUAUUUUGUGUAUGUAAAAAUAUAUACUUAUCAAUUUUCAAUGUUAGAUCUGACCACUUUUUAGAUGGAGAUCAGUCAGAAUACUAGGGGAAGUUUUUCCCCCCGUGCUUUAUCCUUCAUGCCAUCCUUUGGUUCUUAAAAGCCUCUUCAUUUGACCUGAGUUUAGAGGAUGGCUUUUGAGCUUUUGAGCCUUUAACUUAUCCAAGCUAGCUGAAAUAUGAACCCUUUGAAUAUAAGAUGGAAGGGGGAGCCCAAGCGAAUCCCCCUUUUUAAAAACUGAAACCUUUUUCUUUACACUUUUGAGGGAAGAUAAACUUUUGUGAAUGAGGAAUUUGCCUCAUUCUCAAAGCAAUAGUUUUUGGCCUCUAUUCUGUUUUGCCUUACCAGAGGGUCAUACCAAUUUUGGGGAAAUUGACAGAAAAAUUCCAUUUAUUGGGCAAUGUGAACUAGUUAGAAAAAAUAAUCUCAUGCAGUUAUACAGGAACAGCCAAAUUAGAAGGAAAGAACACAAUCCUUUGUUUGUUCCCAUGGCUAAACUGAGGCAUCAAGAAACCAAGAAUUAAUUUUUCCUUGUCCUUUUAUCACCUUUGGUUGUGUCUCUACCCCCUUUAAUGUUUUUGUCAGUUUGGAAGAGUGAGCUCAUGGGUAGGCUGAUUGCUUGAGGCGGGAGGAGGGAGCACCUUGACAUGUAGUAGACUCGUCACCCUCAGCAGCAUUUGAAAAUCUUGCUAUGCUCAUAAGGAUUUAUUCUAGCUAUUCUUUUAAAACAUGAGAAAAAUAAGGAUUUUAGUGGAUUGAAGUGGAAUGAUCAUUUUCCCUCUUGUUUUUUUUUCCCUUCCCUCCUCCUCUAUUCCAGAAGACUUCAGAGUAGUCAAUAGAGAACCUUUAGUCCUUCAUAGGAGAGUGGGGGCAGUUGUGUUCAGUAUUAUGUUUGAUAAUGUUACUUUUGGCUCAUUAAAAGCAAAUUCAUUUUCCC